AAAGCGAAUUCGAAGCCAAGAGAAGCAGAAAGAGAAGGAUCCGAUUUCUUUUCCUUUUGGGUUUGCGGAACGAUUUUCGCCGAUAACUGAGUCAUUUGGAUUUGUGGAACCGUCUGGUGUGAAGCGAUCAUUUUCCGUUUCUUUGUUUUUUCCUUGGAAAAUAUUUCAGAUUUUCUCGAUAAAGUUUUAAAAAGUUUGGGUUUUAAUAGGGCGGGCAAAAAAAUGAUGCCUGUAUACAGAUACAUGGACUCAUACCCACACCAAGGAGGCCAAACUGGGUACCAAACAUUCCCAACUUAUAUUCCAGUUGAACCACCGAAGUCCGCAAUGGUAUACGAGUCUUGGCCCAAUGGUGGCAGCUAUGGCUAUCCAAUGCCUCCUUCCCAUUCAUGCUGCAACCAUGGAAACUUCCCUGGUUUUCGUGGUUUCAGACCUUCUUAUCCUCAGCCAAUGCAAUCUCCAGUUCACUUUUGUGGUGGUUAUCCCAUGACUUUUCCAGUUUAUUAUGUCCCACCUCCGCAUUAUUCUUCAGAGCUGCCCAGAUAUGAAUUUGAUAAGAACAUGCCUGGAAGGUAUGAAUGCUGUGGGCGUCCGAACCACCCUUCCCACCAGAGAGGAGAUAGUGGUUUGAGGAUUGAAGAAGAGGAGCCGGAUGUCGUGGAAAAGAAGGGGAAUGAAUCUUUGGCCCCGGUCCAGACGAGGAAUUAUCCGUACCCAGUUGUGUGGAUUCCACCAGAGUAUGUGAAAGAGCAACCAAGGCCAUUUGAACCGAAGGUGGAAGAGCUGGAGAGUUUUCCGCACAAAACCAACCAAGGUGAAAGGAAAGAUUGUCGCGGUGAGGAACCGAAGAUUGGGAACGGAUGUCUCCCUCUUGAUGCAGACAAGAUCAAGUAUUUGAUAAAUGGGGGAGAUGGGAAGAGAACUCAGGAUCAGAAGAGUGAGGAGCAAAAGAAGGAUUUCCAGUUUCCAGUAAUCUGGAUGCCUUCUUAUGAUAGUAGAAGGGAAGAAAGUGGAAAGAAAGAAAACAAGGAUGUAAAUGGUGGUCAGGAUCAGAAGAGUGAGGACCAAAUGAAGCAAUUUCCAUUUCCCAUUGUCUGGCUGCCUCCUCAUGACAAAAAGCGAGAAAUGGGCAAAGGUAAUGAUUGUAAGGAAAUCAACGCCUCUUCAAAUUUUGCUGAAAAUCCACCAUAUAUAUUCAAGUUGGUACCAAUGAGGCAUCUUGAAGGCAAUAACAACAUGGAAAAUUGCAAAGUGAAUGAAGAGAAUCAUGCUAGCAAGAAUGAAACCGAGAUGAAGGAGAAGACUGCUACUCAGAGAAACAUACCUGUGAAGCAUGUCGAUCCACGUAAGGAGGACAAAUCAGAAGAAACUGAGAAAAAGGGUAAAGUUUUUCCUGUGAAGCAAGUGGAGGAAACCAUUACGAGCAACCCUUCUGGAGACAAUGAUAAAAAGCAAUCCUCAUCAUCACCCAGAUCAUCUAAGCUACCUCCCGUUUGUCUGAGAGUUGAUCCUUUACCGAAGAAGAAAAAUGAGAGUUCGAGGUCUCCUAGUCCUAAAAAAAAUGGGAGUUCAAGGUCUCCUAGUCCUCCUAGUUUGAAAGAACGUUCCGAGCAGAAGUUGGACGACGCAAUGAAGGCCUCUGUUCAGGCAAAAGAGAACACGAAGCAGGCUUCAGUUCAAAGUCCUCCAGGCGACAACAAGGAGGUGGAGACAAAGAAAAGGGAGGCAAAAGAAAUUCCAGUGGUGGAGAAAACAAGUGAUGGGCCUAAGGUUUCUGCUCCUUCUGCAAUGCACACCAGUGCUGAGGUAUCCGAGAAGUCUACAACUCAGAAAAUGGCGGAACCACAGGAAGCUACAGAUUUACCCACAGCUAGUAAUGAAAGGAAGCUUGAAAAGAAGACAUUGUCAGAUGUGGAAGCUGCUGUGCUUAUUCAAUCUGCCUACCGUGGGUUUGAGGUGAGAAGAUCCGAACCAAUCAAGAAAUUGAAGCAAAGAGCUGAAGUGCGGGAGCAGGUGGCCGAUGUUCGAAGUCGCAUUCAAGCUUUGGAGUCGUCUUCCGACACCCAAAGAGAUGCUAAGCAGAAGCUGUUAAUUGAAGAAACCAUAAUGAGACUUCUGCUGAAAUUGGAUGCUAUUCAGGGUCUGCACCCAAGUCUUAGAGACAUCAGAAAAUCUCUGGCAAAGGAGCUUGUGACUCUGCAGGAGAAGCUCGACACCAUUGCAAUUACUAAAUCCGAACAACCAAAAGUAGAGGUAUGCCCCAUUGAACCUGUUGAACCUGUGGAGACCAAAAUCAAUGAAUGCAAGUUAGAGGAGGAAAAACAGGAGGAAAUGGGAGGCUCUGGAUGUUCUGAUAUGGUACACUCCUGUGGGGACAAGCUUCUUUCAGCAAUGGAUUCUGAGGACAAGUCCAAAAGUGAGGAAGCUUUACUCUCUCGCUCUCAUAAAGUAGUGCAGCACCUAAUAUCUGAAGACAAUCGCCGGGAACGAGUGGCCAGUGAUCUCAAGCCGCAAGAGCCCAAUUCAGAAGCCAUUAUGGAACACAAAGAUGAGGUGAGAGACCGAGAAACUGAUACACGCGCAAAGGAAUUGAUGGAGACAGAAGGAGUGAAUAAUGCUUCCGAGUGUGAGCAAGCUGUUGAAGUUUCUGUAAAGGAAGAUGAAAACAAUUCUGAUAUGCCAGCAAACUCUUUCGAAGCUGUUGAUGGAACAUGUGCAGAUGACAAUGUGGAGAUGGUUUUGGAUGAGUUACCUGUAAAUGUGAUUGAUGAAGAACAUGUUGAGUCUGAAAAGGAUGAACAAGCAGAGAUGGAAAAGACAACAGCUUAUGGGGCUGUAUCAUCAGAAGCAACCUUGCCAGGUGAUACCGAAGGGCUGAUGUCUUCGCAGGAAGAGGCAGAGAUGAGUGAAUUGGCAGAACUGCCUGUAGGGGUAAUUGAUGAGGACUCUGAAGCCUCAGUUGAAAUGGACAAGAAUGGUGAUCUACUGGGAAAGGAAAGUGAAUUCCAGAGCACAAUCGAAACUCCAAAUGAAAAUGAGAAAUCAGAGGAAGGGCUUGAGGAAAAUCCUAAAGUGGAAAUGGAAGAAUGUGUAAAGAUUGAAUACGAGGAGAACCAGAAGCUUCCUGUGGCUUCAGUGCCUGAAGAGGACAAUGAAGGCUUAUUCGUAUCUAAAUCAGAAGAAUUGCAACCAGUUAUUUCGAUGGCUGAUGAGCAAAGUGGAAAUGCUUUUCCUGAAGAUGAAUGCAUGUCUGCAAAUACGGCAAGGGGCAAGGACGUUCCGAAUGAAGAAAAAAAGCAUUUGCCAUCAGUCACUCCAGAUGAAGUUAAGGAGACACAAGAGAUGGAAGUUCAAGCCGAAAAUCAAUUAGAAUUUGCAUCUGGUGAGAAGAUGGAGGACAAAUUGGAUGGCUUAGAAAUCGCCAACAACAAUGAGGAGGUAUCUGAUGGUUCAGAAUUUACUCCACUGCUUUUACAAGCUGAACACGAAGGAGAGUCUUUGCUUGCAUCACCAACUUGCAGCCAAAUGUCUACCGAUGAACACGAGACGAAGAGCCAAAGUGACAAAUGGCUUACGGAAGAGAAUGAGAAACUAAGGGAGAUGAUGGAGAAGCUGAUUGAAGCUGGGAAACAACAGUUAAAUGUCAUCACCAACUUGAAUGGAAGAGUCAAAGACUUGGAGAAAAAACUGUCCAGGAAGAAGAAACUAGGCACAAAACCGAGAAGAUCAGCAGCAUGUGGAACCUCUCGCUUGAAACGCUCAAAUCUGCAUGUUAAUAAGGAGAGCUGUUGGUGUUGCAAUGUAGACAGUUUGUUCACUUUGUCUUUCAACUAAACCGUUGUUGUGAACAUGUUUUGGUGUGGGCUUUGAGUUUUUCAUGAUCUUCUCUUGUUGUAUAAUGUAAAGGUAAUACUUAUAAGUAAUAUAUAGUUUUUCUUGUGUUGUUUUUUUU